UAACAUAAUCUUUAAACAAAAGGAUACUCAAAUAUAACGUAUUUUUCUAAGAACUGAUUAUGACUGUUAACAUGAAGUGUCUUCAGUGUAUGAAGUCAUAGUCUACGCGAACGACACAUCAAAUCGAGAGAUAGAGAUUUCAUUAUCUCGCCAACUAGAGAACAACCUAACAAAGACUCUUCUUAACAACCUUCUUCAAAAUGAUGAGCAAGUUAUUUUGCUUCGUGAAAAUGAAAAGUUUCUACUGAGUCGUACAGCAGCCAUCCAAUUCUCCGUCGUAAUGAAAAAUAGUCUGGAGAAAGCACCUCAAGGCGUUAGUCCAAAAGUUGAUGUGAGUGAGUUUGGUAAACAUACCAUUCAACAUUUUGUGCAGUAUUUACAUGGAAAUGGAGAAGCAGUUGUAUUUUUAGAUUGGAGAGAAAUGAUUAACUUGUACAAAAUAUCUUUCAAAUUUCAAGUGAAGCUUGUGAUAGAUUUGAUGAUUGAGAAGGGAAAAAAUCUCAUUUCAAAGGACAACAUAUAUGAAGCCAUCAUAAUGAUCGAUUCGCAUGAUAUCAAUGAAUGGUUGGAUUGUUGUUGUAGUGUUCUGCUGGCAAAUAAAGAUUUAAUGAAAACGAAAGAAUGGGAAGAUUUGAUCGAAACAAAUCCAAAAACCAUGGCAAGAUUGUUUCAAUUAUAUUUCACAAAGUCUAAUAAUGGUUGGCCAAUUUUACAAAGUCCACGAAAGAGUCCACAGAAAUAAAAAUUUACGGAAUGUGCGAACUAUUCUACUGAUGAACUACAACAGUGUAAUAAUUUUGCUGUUUUUGUUGUAAUUUGAUUUUUUUUGUUCUUCUAAAGAAACAUUUCCUCUAAAAAGGGGGAAAUAAGUGUAAAAAGGGAAAACAAAUACAAAUAAAACAAAAAUAAAAAAAAUUCAAAAUCUGCAAUGUAUUGAUGUAAUUCUGCGAUUAUGACGGACGGAGAUGGUGUAGUGGUAACGCAUUCGGCUUGUAAUCAUUUCUUUUAUGGAUCAGAAACCUAUUUUUCAUAAGUAAAUGUUUGUACAUUUUCAGGUUCCUUUUAUGAAAUAACAAAAUUUGGGAGAAGUGAUAUCAACUUGUAAUAGGCAGACCUGAAGUCUCAGUCCAGGUUAAAACAGCUAAACGAUUAGUGCAAGUAACCGUGUUGCAGAUCCAGGUGGACACAAAAAUAACUUUCUAACAACUUUGUAUUUAUACGGCAUAAAAUUUAGAUUAUGUAUUUAGCAUUGUACUUUAGAAGCACAUUCCCACUUUCUCUGA